AUGAUACCCGGAUCCAUCCUGCACGCCCCGUUGCAGGUCAAUGCAUAUGAUGGUGACAACGACGCUGCUAUAUGCCUGCAGAUUGCUGCACACAAUGGACCUCGAGAAGAUGUCGAAAGGAACUUUGCAGACAUGUACCGGAGCAGAUGGUCAGAUGCCACCCGCUGUUCUCUGCGACAGCUCCGCCUAGACCUCGUGUCCGGAAGCAUUCGGAGCAGUGCACUGGGACCUGAAGCUGCCUCAAGCUUUGAGCUCCCAAGCAUACAUCCAGCCUUUGUGGGCCGCCGCAAUGAAUACGUUUGGACCAAUGCGGCAUAUCCGUCUGAUGCCGCAUUCUUGAAUUGCGUGGAGCGACUGGACAUGUAUGGAAAUUCGGUGGACCGGGCCACGUUCGGCCCUUCACAGUUUGCAGGCGAGCCGAUGGUCAUUCCAAAAGCAUCCACUUCAGAAGAGCUGGCGGCGUAUGUCUGUACCUACGUCUACGACUCUGAAACACACACGUCGUUUUUGGCAAUCCUGGAUGCCGGUAAUCUCUCAGCAGGCCCUCUUGCAGAGGUGCAGUUGCCAAGCCACGUACCAUACUCUUUUCAUGGAGAGUGGGUCCCCGGUGCAGUGGAUGUUCUUCGGCUUGCAAGAUCUGAGUGGCCUUCGACAUGA